AUGCAGCUGCCUCCCUUCGACAUGUGGAAGGACUACUUCAACCUGAGCCAGGUGGUGUUGGCGCUGAUCCAGAGUGGGGGGCAGAGGCCAGAGGCCCCAGGGACCGGGGAGCCGAGACCUGGGCCCCCGCUGGAGCAGGCUCAGGGUCCGGGAGGGCCCGGGGCCAGCGGAGGCCUGGCCACCUUGUGCAAUUUCUGCAAGCACAAUGGGGAAUCGCGUCACGUCUACUCGUCACACCAGCUGAAGACCCCAGACGGCGUGGUGAUGUGCCCCAUCCUGCGGCAUUACGUGUGUCCCCUGUGCGGGGCCACCGGCGGCCAGCAAUCCCCAACGCGACUGGCAGGGGCCACUGAGACGGACCUGAUACACACCAGCCGCGGCGCCACCGAGAGAAGCCCCUCCACCACGGCGUCCAGACAGCUGACUGCAGUGUAG